CACUGAUCUUGCGGAGAAAGCUGAGGCCGGAGAAGUUGACAUGAAACUGGCGCUCGAGAUCGGCAUGGCGAUACAUUCUCGAGCCGGAAAGAGCGAAAGUGUGGAAGCAUGGUCGACGCUCGCCGGGUUUUUGAUGGAGUUUCUCAACAUACUGUGGUGCUCUGGAAUGGAUUGAUAUCGGGUUACGCGGAGAACGACGAAGCAGAUGAUCGAACUUUUGUUGCUGCUGUCAAGGCUUGCACGAGUCUGUCGUCGAGUGAACAAGGCCGAGAAGUUGGAGGGAGUUUCGUGAAAGUGGCAUCACUGGAGAAAGGCAUGGCUGUCCACUCUCGAGCUCAAGUUUGCAACGCCGACUCGACAACCUUCGUUCGUAACAGUGUGAUUGGUUUUUAUUUCAAGGCUGGGUGUUCUCUAGAUGCUGAAAGAGUGUUUUAUAGGCUGCAAAAUCCGGAUGCAGUGUCAUGGAACAACAUGAUACUGGGUUACGCUCAAAAUGGCGACGUUGAAGCAGCUCUCAACUUGUUCUCACAGAUGCAAGCUACGAAGUGCAAAGCCGACGCUCGAACUUACGUAGCUGUUUUAAAGGCUUGCAUCACUCUCGCAACAGACGAAGAGAGCACAGAAAUCAACGGGAAGCUGACCAAGAAGACGUCCUUGGAAAUUGGUUUCGCUGUUCAUUCUCAAGCUGCAAAGAGAGACUUCGACAGCGACAAUUUCGUGGGGAACAGCUUGUGUGCAAUGUACGCAAACUGUGGAAGCUUGGUGGACGCUGUCAUGGCUUUCGACAGAAUUUCUCGCCGCUGUGUGGUAUCCUGGACGACGCUGAUGGUCGGCUACGCUGAAAACGGCGAAGAAGGACUGGCUCUGGAGGUGCUCGAGUGGAUUUUGUCCGAGAAAUGCUGCACGCCGGACUCGCGAACUUACGCUGCUGCACUCAAGGCUUGCAGCAACCUUGCGAUGAACGAGUUAAACGAUCGAGCACUAGCGGUGAAAGUGAGAACACUGGAGACAGGGAUGGCUAUUCAUUCUCAGGCAGCGAAGUCCAACUUUGCUCGGGAUCUUUACGUGGAAAGUAGCUUGGUGGACAUGUACGCCAAGUGUGGAAGCUUGGUGGACGCUCGGAUGGUUUUCGAGCGCAUGCCAUGUCGUGAUGAAGUGCUGACAACGAUGAUGAUACAUGCGUAUGCUGAGAACGGGCAGGAGGAGGUGGCAAUCCAGCUUUUCCAGGAGACUAGAGCCCGAACGAGGUAUGGUUGUAUCAAUGCUUGGACUUUCUCUGCGGUACUAAAAGCUUGCAGUUGUGUUGCAGCCUUGGAGUUUGGGCGGGCUGUGCAUGCUGAAUUGCUCCAGUUUGGGCUGGAAGGUGACGCUGUUCUUGUCAACAGUCUGGUGGAUUUCUAUGCAGGAUACAGUCGUCAGGGAGACACCAGUUGUGUGAUCGACUUGUUUCAGCAAAUGCUACAGGAUCAGGACAUGAAACCGGGAGGUAUCACACUGCUUUCGGUUCUGACCAGUUGUAGUCACGCAGGAUUGUUUGAGAAGGGAAAGUCUUACUUCCGGGAAAUGCAAGAGACGCACAGAAUCAGUCCAGAUGUAGAGCACUACCAUGCAAUGAUCGACAUGUUUGGACGAGCCAACCAACUGGAAGAUGCUCUCCUUAUGGUGGAAGCAAUGCCAUUCAAAGCAGAGGUGAUUACUUGGACAACGCUACUGGCUGCAUGCGUCAAGUGGAAGAACGUAGGAGUCGGGAAGAAAGCGUUCCAGUCGCUGCUCAAGAUAGACGAGAAAAACUGCGCAUCCUACGUCCUUAUGGCAAACAAUCUUCUUUCCGGGAAGAUUAGAAAAUCCAGCGCCAGAGUUGAAAGCCAUUCUCAACAAAAUUGUAGUAGUCUCGUGAUCAUACUGGGCAGCUGCGCUCUUGUUAAGAAUGGCUUUCGAGCCUGCGCUUAUCCGCGAUACAAAAACGUUUUGCGAGAACUGCUAGCUAUGCGAGUCGGAGCUACACACUCGAAUGGCAUCCAACAACAUGGAAUGAGCGACGUCCGUCCGGCCUCUCUUGCACAGCAUCUCAACCAGAAGCUUGCAAGUCGCCGGAUCCGGAGCCAGUCGCCUGUCCAGCAUCUCAACGUAGUAUUUGACGGCCUCGUCCACCAGGGCCGCUUUGCAGCAGCCUCUCACCAGUGCCGAGUACACCACCGCGCAAGGUGGGCAUCUCUCUCGCAGUAUCUUCUCGAAAAACUCGGUCGCUGUUCUCACCUUUCCAUUCUCAAACAGUCCUUCCAGCAGCACCGUGUAUGUGGUCACGUCCGGAGGAAUUCCUUUCGCAACCAUGCUCCGGAUGACUUGCUGCGCGUCUUGCAAACUCCCGGCCUUGCAGUGCGCGUGAACGAGCGUGGUGUAAGUGACGACACUGGGAUUGCAUCCCUCUCGCAGCAUCUCCUCAAACACCCGACUGACUUCGCUGGUUCUUCCUUGCUUGCAGAGCCCGUCCAUGAGCGUGGUGUACGUGAACGUAUCGGCCCUCAAGUCCCGAGCUUUCAUCUGCUUCACGAGCUCAAACGCAUGCUCCAGCCGAUCGGCCUUGCACAACCCGCUGAUGAGAGCGUUGAAGGUGACAACGUUUGGCUCUGCGUGGUGAUCCCUGGAGCUCAACACUUUGAAGAGCUGCAGUGCCUCGCUGAGGUUCCCGGACUUGCAAAAGCCAUCGAUGAGCGUGGUGUAAGUCACGGCGUUUGGAACGCAUCCCAUCGAGACCAAAGUUUCCAGCAUCUCGUACGCUUCUCUCACUCGCCCGGCCUUGCAGAAGCCAUGGAUGAUCACGUUCCAGGCGACUAUGUCAGGUUUGGCCGAUUUCUUUUCCACCAUGUCGAGCAGGAGCUGAUAAGCCUCGUCCACUCUCUGUGCCUUGCAGAAGCCGCGGGCGACGCUGGUGAUGGCGAUCACGUCCGAGGAGCAGCAAGAGCUCUCCUCGAGAAGCUGGCGAGCUUGGUCCAGUCGAUCCAUCUUGCAGUAGCACUUGAUGAUCGCGGUGUAAGUGGUGGCCUCCGGGACGAGCGCAAAGUUCUUCUCCAUCUCGUGGAAGAGCUCCAGCGCUUUAUCCAGGAGCUGGAGCUCGCAAAAGCCAUUGAUGAGGAUGUUGAGCGUGAUGACGCUGGGAGAGCACUGGAUCCCGCGGAAGAUCGCCAUGGCUUGAUCCAUCGUGCCCGCUUGGCAGAGACUGGCGAGAAGGAGAUUGAUGUCUCUCAAGUUUGGAACGCAAUGCCUUUCUAGCA